CGCACAGCGCAGACGCUGGAGGUUUCUUUAGAUCCUAGUUUAUGAAUGGAUUGGCCACGCGCGGACGGCGCCCGAGCCGAGAAGGGGGCGUCAGGGAAUGUAUCGAGGGCCGCUUCAUGAACCAUGCUGCGACCGGACGAGCAGCCGUCGGCCGGACAACGAAAGGCCAAGGUAGUGCCAAAGACCUGCUGGGUGGGUACCGGCCUGCUGCAGAAACAGCCGGCGCAAAGCCGCGGGAGCCGCGGGAUCCCCGAGACCCGCGGCAUCGAGAUCGGGUGGCCAACGCCAACGGGGCCAACGGGGCCAACGCCAAGGGCGCCAUCGCGCCCGCGGCUGCGCCCCAUGCGGCCCAUGCGGCCCAUGCGGCCCAUGCCCCCGCGCAACGGCCGGAGCCACCUUGGAUGGGCCGCGGCACACGGCGCCCAAAUGGCGAGGUCGCAGCAGUUGUGCCGCCCUGGGCACAAGACACCUUUACCAUGCCAUUCCCCAAGCGCGAGGCUCAGAAGCGCAACCCGGACAACGGUCGUCGGAAGAGCGGCCGUGCCCUGAGCCAGCAAGCCGCCAGCUUUGCUUAGAGCACUGAAGCCCAG